AUGACACAAGACAUGAACCUUCGAGGACUUCGUGUUCACAUUCGCUUUUCGCUACCUGAAGAGGCUCCUGGUACCCAGUGGGUGGUUAAGUGCGAUAAUGCGGCUGAUCUGGCAUGCUCUUGCCCAGGACGCUUCCGUAUUUCUCCAAACCCUGGAAAUUCUUCCAUGGAAGCCAUCAAUCGAUCUAUUGCCCGACUAGGAAUUCAGAGAGUUGGUAUAUACUUGAGGCAAUGCUCAGAGGACAAGAUUAUCCUGACGGGCUUUGGCAAGUGCUACAAAAAGUAUAAGCAAAGAGGCUGGUCUGUCCCCGACCUUGACAAUGACAUGGCAGAGUUUCUCAGCCGGUUCCCUUUUGUGGUUUUCUUGAUCACAAGAACCGUACUGCUUAGCACAGUUUUGCUCUACAGUCCUGACACUCCUGAGUAUCCAGGACUCAACUUCGCGAAAGUGGUGAAGACUUGCCCAUCACAAGCCGUCGGCAUGGCAAACAGAAAGUGCAUUGUUAUCUACACAAGUGAGGACAGCUUGGGGUACCCGCAGAAACCCAUUAGUCUUUACGACUUGGACAUCCUUGAUGAUGAUUCUGACUUCGAUUUCUCGAGAAGCUUUACCAGGACCUAUGACUUCUGCGUUGCUGCAAGUCGAAACCGAGGCGAGGACCUGCCGCAAUUGAUUUUCGGCCAUGAUGAUGGGUCAGAGAGUGAAUGUCACUCGAGCGGACAAGACAACUCUGACGAUGAAUCCAUUGACAACUUCAUGGUUUAA